AUGGGGAUGGAGGGAGUGGAAGGAGAUAGAGGGACUCCACGAGAGGUUCCUGAAAUGGACGCUCGGAGUGGACUGGCACACGCCGGGGUAUCUGGUAAGAGAGGAACUACAAAGGCGGAAAAUGAGGACGAGAGCAGGAAAAAGAGCGAGGAAGAGGACUCCAGUAUGGAAGAAAAGGAGGAGACUAAGAGAGUGAGAAGGGAAGAGGAGGAGGGUGGUAAAGGAAAACAAGAAGAGGAGGAGGCACAAAAUAAUAGUGCAACGAUGGGAAAGAACGUGGGAGAAAAGAUGAAGGAAAAUGAGAAAGUUGUGAAGAGGGGAGAGAAGGAAAAAGGAGAGGAAGAAGGAGAGGCGUACGCGCAGGAAUUAUAG